AAAUUUUCUCGCUAUUUCUGUCCACACAGAUCUCGGAGAACAGGUAGAAAGGGGAGCUUGGAUCAGGGAAGGGAGUGGCAGCACGCUUCGCUUCGUCUCGCCGAUCGCCCUCGCCUGCUCUCCUCCUUCCUUGGUAUUUGGCAAGUGGGUAGGAGCUCGAUCGAGGGUAGACGGCGAGGAAAGCGGAUAGGUGAUGGGCGCAGCGAGGGACGUGGCUGGGCCUGCCGACGGUCUUAGCGCGCUGGCUGUGGAUUCCGUUCUCGGAGAGUCCAAGUGGUGGCCGCCGGGGUUCCGGUUCCACCCCACUGACGAGGAGCUUGUUCUCUACUACCUCAAACGCAAGGUCUGCGGCCGCCGCAUUAAACUCCCCAUGAUCGGCGACGUCGACGUCUACAAGUGGGAGCCCUGGGAGCUGCCUGCGAAAUCACUAUUGAAGAGUGGUGACAAGCAGUGGUACUUCUUUAGUCCGAGAGACAGGAAGUAUCCCAAUGGAUCAAGGGCCAAUCGGGCUACCAAUUUUGGCUAUUGGAAGACUACUGGUAAAGACCGGACCAUCUCUCAGAAUGCCAAGGCCACGGGUAACAAGAAAACACUCGUCUACUACCAUGGACGUGCACCAAAAGGAGAGCGCACUGACUGGGUGAUGCACGAGUAUACCAUGGACGAGCAGGGGCUCUCAUGCUAUAACAAUGUGCAGGAUUAUUAUGCUCUUUACAAGGUCUUCAAGAAGAGUGGACCAGGUCCUAAGAAUGGAGAGCAGUAUGGAGCACCCUUCAUGGAAGAGUGGGCAGAUGAUGUAGUGGAUGAGAGUUUCAGGAGCUUGGACAACAUAGAAUUGACAGUGGAUCAUCAGAGCACUGCAGUAUCAGUGACCGAGCCUGUUCUGGAUGCGAACUCUGCUUGCAGAAUAUCUGAUGGUGGGAACACUCUUCCAGUGGAUGAUCUAGAGGAUCUUCUGCUAAACUUAUCUGAUGAGCAGGACAUGAACAGACAGUAUUCUGAAUCCACUGCAUAUGUUGCAGAGAUUGAUGUUGAAACAGAAUUUGGAAAGUGUAAUUCAAGCCUGCUUUUAACUGAAUCAUGUUCUUUUGAAGACAGUCUCAUUUUGUCUGAACUGAGCACCUUGGAUGACAACUUUCAAGCACCUGAACAAGUUUCUUAUGCACAUCCUGUCGAAAAUUGUGAGAUGCCUUCAUUAACCUAUAACCCCGAACUAUCUCUACUGCAGACUGAUGAAGAGUUCUUAGAAAUCAAAGAUUUCAUUGAUCCAGAAUCCAUCAUAUUUGGGGAGGAUAGUUUAAGUAACAGAGAAUCAAUAGAUGGACCUGAUGGUUUAUUUGGAUUUGACCUUUAUUUCGAUGCACCCAUGGUUUUUGAAGAUCAUUACAGUCCACUGGUUGUGCCAGCACAGAACUUGUAUCUUGAUGACUUUGGUGAUGAUGGAAUACUAAAUCAACCAUCUCUAACAAUUACUGAACUUUGGAACCAUGAUCAUGGUGUCAGUGUUUCAAACACCAAUGCAAAUCAGGUGUUCAUAGGAACAUCAACUUCAGAUGUUGCUCAUGCUUCUUCAUCAUCCAACCCAAGUCAGGUCUUCUCAGCAUUGCCGACUUCAGGCGUAGCAUAUGCGGCUACAUCACUCAAUAUUGAGAUGGCACAAGGGCAAAGUUCCCAUGUUGGAUACCACUCGGGAUCAUGGUUAACCUCCGCACUCUCAACCGUCUUAGACUCUGUGCCCAGCGGUCCUGCACUGGCAUCUGAGAAUCCAUUCCUCAGCAGGGCACUCGAACGUGUCUCAAGUUUUAGAGGAGGUCAGAUUGGACCUCGUCAUCCAAACACUGCAACAGAUGGACAAUCUUCUAUUUCAGGAAGAAGGCGCAGCCACAACAGUAGUUUCCUUCUCAUCUCAUUACUGGUUGGUCUUAGUGCCAUAUUCUGGCUUUUCAUUGUAGGUGCUUCAGUAAAAAUGUUCAAGGGGUUUUUCGCCAGGUUCAGUUCCUCCUAAACAUCAAUUACUUAGAGUUGGUGCUGAAACUCAAGUAUUGAAUGGGUCCAUAUGUAAUCAGAAAGGAAGUUCUACUUUUACUUCCAGAUUUAGAUGGCUUAUGUAUUCAGUAAAAGUUGCACGCUGAAUUUGCCUCGUUGAGGCCUCACAGGAAGCAUUUUAACGUGUGGUUUUCCUGUUUGUCGAUA